UCGAGAGGUUCCGCCUUUGAUUCCUCCCUCAAAACAACCUGCUGCUUAUUUGGACGUUCCACCUGCUGGACGCUCACUAGAUCCGUCAGUGAGUGCUGAUCGUGGAGGGGAUUUCUUCAGACAUGCCAUCAGCGGGAUUUGAGAUAUUAGGAGUGACUCUGGCUCUGCUGGGCUGGAUCUCCGCCAUCGUUUCCUGCGCUUUGCCCAUGUGGAGAGUGUCGGCGUUCAUCGGGGUGAAUAUCGUGACGGCACUGACCAUCUGGGAGGGCAUCUGGAUGAGCUGCGUGGUCCAGAGCACCGGCCAGAUGCAGUGCAAGGUCUACGACUCCAUGUUGGCUCUGAGCGCCGACCUUCAGGCCGCCCGCGCUCUCACGGUCAUCUCCGUUGUGUUGGGAGUUCUGGGACUCCUGAUGUCCGUCAUGGGGGCAAAGUGCACCAACUGCGUGGACGAAGAGGCGGCUAAAGCACGGGUGAUGAUCGCCUCCGGAGGGGCUUUCGUUCUGGCCUCCCUCACCCAGAUAAUCCCCGUGUCCUGGUCCGCUCACACCAUCAUCACGGAGUUCUACAGUCCGGCCGUACCAGAGGCCCAGAAGAGGGAGAUCGGUGCUGCGCUGUAUCUGGGUUGGGCCGCCGCUGCCUUCCUGCUCAUCGGAGGCGGCAUCCUGUCCUCCAGCUGCCCUCGGGGGCCGGAGAAAAGGUACAGAACGCCGUACUCCCAAACCAGAUCGGUGGUACCGAACGGCUAUGACAGGAGAGACUACGUCUGAAGCGACAUCUGCUCCGCUCUCACGCACCGACCAACGUGUACCAACUCAUUAAAGACUCCGGAAACAGAACCGAAAAGAACAAAAACGUCUAAAAACUGAAAAAACUAUUUUUGACAAAAGUAUUUUUGACCAGUU